UCCACGCCCAAAUCGCCUAUCGGUGAGUUAAGUUUAGUUAACGCAAGCCAUGGGUCGUUUCUCCCUUGCCUUUCUCCUUCUCCUGCUUUCGUCCGUCGCCGGAGGUGCAGCCUCGACGGCGGAGUUCGUGCGCAACGCCUGCAGCCGCACACGCUACCCCGACCUCUGCGAGCAGUGUCUGGCGGUGUACGCGCCGGCAGUGCACCACAGCAAGCUCGCCCUCGCCCGCGCCGCCCUCUCUGUCAGCGCCGACCGCGCCGGGACUGCCUCCGCUUUCGUCGGGCGCAUGUCGGCCUCUGCCGCCGCCAGGGGGUCCCGGAAUAGCCUCGAGGCCGGCGCGGUGCGCGACUGCAUCGAGACCCUACGCGACGGCGUCGACCGGCUCCGUCAGUCGGUGAAGGAGAUGGCCGCCAUGGCCGGCUUUGCCGACUUCCGGCGUAGCAGGUUCGCCUGGCAUCUUAACAAUGUGCAGACGUGGGUCAGCGCCGCACUUACCGAUGAGACCACCUGCCUCGACGGGCUCGCCCAGUUCGCCGGCCAAUCCGUUCGCACUGCCGUCCGGAAGAAGGUGGUGGAAGUUGCGCAGGUCACCAGCAACGCCCUCGCCCUCGUGAACCAGCUCGGUCCAAAGAACUGAACCGACCUGCACUCCGUAUCAUAUACUACUCUGUUUUGAACUGUAUAUUGUGCUGCUUCUAUUAUCCAUGGUCUCUACGUAUCAACGUAUGUACAUGAGUACAUCCUGGAGGAGAAGGUGAUAUAAGGAUAUGUGUUGACGUGUUAGAUUUUCUUAAAGGAAGCAUGUAAAAGUUUGGUUUUUGAUUAGAUGAUGAUAAUUUUGUGUA